AUGGCUAUAUGGCGCUAUUUAUUCUUGUAUAUUCUCUUCUUCACGAAUUUUCAAACGUCCUCAGCGGACUCUAAGGUCUCUGAUGCGGUGUAUAAUCUUUCAAAAGAAUCAGAAGUCAGGGAGCCAAGCGUGUUUCUUGCGAUUAUUGCUCGUAAUGCAGCUCAUCUCCUUCCGAACUGGCUGGGAUAUAUCGAUAAUUUAGACUACCCUAAAAGUAGAAUUUCUGUUUGGUAAGUGUGUCUUCUGGUAUUAUCAUUAUUAGUGGUUGUGUAUAUUUCUUAGUUUUGAUUGUUUUAAGUUGUUAUAGAAGCCACAGUUAUUAAGCGACCAAGAAUUUUCGACAAACGGUCCAACCGUCGGAUCACAACAAAUUAAUAAAUGAGAGCAUUGUCAAUGCUAAAAACGCCUGCAUUUAUGUUUGUUUACCGUUAGCUGUUGUGCUGUUGAUUUCCAAAAAACAAAUCUUCUUUUAAUAUAUAUGUCGUUACUAGCAAAUGUAAAUAAGAGGUUCAGUGAAAAUCAUAAAUGACAGCUACCUCAUAAACGUGUAGUCAGUUAUCGUCAACGUGUCAGUGCAUUCCUUAAAUUCUUCCACGAUCCGAUACUUGCAAAGUGUAUAGUGGAGUAAGCGUAGCUUUUGGAGCACUGUCUUAUACCAUGUAGAUUGUUGUUUUAGUCCGGGGUUUUAAUUAAGACACGUAAAAAGGAAUCAAUAAUAUUGCAUAUAAUUUAUAAGGUCAUUCUAUUACUUUCAUGACUCUCAUAAAUAUAAUUACGAACGUCAUGAAAGUCAUGAAAGUAACAGAAUGACCUUAUAUACAUUAAUUAUUAAUGUAUAUAUGUGGAAAGGGUAGGGAUUUCACAAACUGAAGUAUAAGAAGGGUAGGGAGAUGGGUUAGUUAGGUGUUUACACCGUAUGCUUGUAUCCCUUUACUAUAAUUUGCCCUCUGUGCAAUGUCGUUUAUUAACUUCAUUCCAAGGGUUUAGUAGAGCUGGGGAGACAGGGUUUAUAUUAGAAAGAUACGUGAAAAGGGGGUAUCAUUCUUCAGUGGUAAGAAAGUGUAAUUUUUCUCUCAAAAAUUGUAUACAUACAAGAGUAAGAGAGUGGACCUUAGGUCAGAGUCCUCCUGUAUUAAAAUUUUUUAAGUAUUUCCCCAGGCUACACCCAGACUUUCGUCAGGUUCCCUCUCCACUCUCCUCAGGGUUUCAUUAUUACCUUAAGCCAGAAAAAGAUACCUGGUUCAGGCAGAGCCUCCCCUUUAGGCCGUAACAAGGACUGCCCCCAACUAGGUGUAGGAUCAACCCUGACCGUGAUAAGAACAAGAAAAAAAUAAAAACAAAUAUCUACUCUUUACGGGACAUCAAAUUCUAACUCUGUUAUGAGGACAAAUGGAUAACAUACUUUCCUGUUUCUCAAUGUGAACACCCUGUUCAGGACAAGCUUACGUAAAAUUGAAUGGCCUGUUUAAGAAAGAUAGCCAAUAAACCAUUCCUUGUCGUGUAGGCCAUUAAGGAAAUACAUGUGUGGAAUAGAAAAUUAGCUAGCAUGAAAGGUGACUUGUAUUUUUUGUCUCGCAGUAUUUGCUUUAAAUCCAUUUAUAAUUAAUAAAUGUCUCUGACCCCAGGGGAUGGAGAUACUUAACCAAUUUUUGGGUAGAGGUGAUCCAAAAUCGAUGACUGAUGCUUAGCAUAAACAAAUCUUCAUUCGAAGUCCAAUUUAACUUUCAUUGUUUUGAAGACAAGGGCAAUUUGCUAAUUACGAUAAAGAUUGUCAAAAUUUUUGAACUCCACACAGGCAUGCGCUCUGCUGAACCCCGCUAAAAUUGCUCAUAAUUAUGCAAAGGUUUGGAAAAACAAGGUUCCAAUCAAAAUCACUUCCCGGUUUUCCGGUAGUGAUGUCAGGACGGCAUUAACGACUGGUCGAUUCAGAUGUUACUGAGGGAGUAAAUGACUCAAAGUAAUGUCUGAAAUUCAGGCUAGUGAUCUAUACGUGUGAAACCAACAAACUUUCACCCACUUCCCCCUUUUUUUACUGGUCCUGUCUUCUCCAUGAGCCAUUCCCGAGCUUGGAGUAUGCCCUUUCCUUUUUUUAAAUUUGAUUACUGGCAUUCUUUUUGUUACAGAUUAUUAUAUUGUGAAAGGUAAGUCAUUAUAAUCAUAAUUUUCAUAUAAAGAUGGUAUCGACCUAAGCAUUCAUACGAUCUCCCCAAAUCAAAUUCAAAUUCUUGAAGUUUUUCAGUUAUAAAUAACAUGUCUAUUUUAUUAUUAUUAUGUAAUAAUUUCUAGGAUCAGAUCUGACCAUAAUGAAGACAACACAUCAAAAGUCCUUCAAGAAUGGGCUCAGAAUGUGAAGCAGUUGUAUCACAGAGUAUUGAUCAAUGUUUCUGACACACCCAAUGAUUACGAGAACACUGCUGGUCCAGCUGAGUGGUCAGAGAGUAGAUACAAACAGAUGAUGUACCUGCGGCAAAAGGCCCUGGAUAGUGCCAGAAAGCAGUGGGCAGAUUAUUUAUUUGUAGGUUUUUUUGCCUUCAGUUAUCAACUACGGUCAAACCCUGUUAAUACAGACACUGAGGGGACCAUAGAAAGUCUCCUUUUUAACAGGGUGUCGGGAUUAACCAGGUUGAAUGUAGAGAAAAUGUAAGGGCUUUCUGUCCCCAGGGAAAAAGCAAACUGUCCAUAAUAAUGAGGUGUCCGUAUUAAGCAGGUGUCUGUAAAGCCGGGUUUAACUGUAUGGGGAAGGGAAGGGAUGAAUGAAAAAUUUGUGGUGGGAGAGUGUCUGUGCUCUAGGGUCAGUGAAACUGUUGUCCAAUAUAAGACCAUGGUAAACUACAUUUUGCAACCCUAUUUUAAACUAGUUACAGACACCAAAUUCCCUUUCUUUUGACAGGCUCCCCAUUGAGUAGGCCCUGAGUUGUUCAAUAGUUGGUGAGUGCUAUCUACUGGAUAAGAGUUACUGAAAACAGUUGCAUUAUCCACUGGAUAAUGAUUUAUGCAGCAGACAUCACCAUUUAACUUUUGGAGAACUACAGGGAUCAGAAACUCUUACAAUAACCACUUCUCACAAUCUGUUCUAGACUGAGACCCUCUGAUUUAUGUUUCCGUAUAGUAUCCCUGGCUAAAGUGCUUGAAAAAAAGGCCACCCUUGACUGUGGCUCAUGCAUUUACACAUCAAGUGUAUGCAUGACAAUGUAACUAACACCUCUAAUAAUAAGACCAUAAACUGUACUAACACUCCCUACCCCUCAGGGAUAUCAACAGUGAGACCAUUAAGUUUAUACAUGUCAAUGUUACUAACAUCCCACACCCGGGGGCCAUUCUAGGGGGAGGGUGCAGGGGGUGCGCACCACCCUGAGAUGACCUGCGGUUUUCUAAUACAACUGGUAUUCUGCAAAAAAAAACUAUGUGGUUUAUUGGUGUUGAAGUAGAGCAAGAGAUGAGUGCACCCCCUCCUAAAAAAAAUCCUGGAUCCGCCCCUGACACCCCUCUGCCAGGGAGUAACAACAGUGGGAACCAAACAUAGCAAAAAGUAUUGUUCUCUGAACAAAAUUAACAAGUCAUAAGUGACAAAUUAGUUUUACUAAAAAAAAUCAUAGCAAUGAUUGUAAUAUCAAAAUAUCUGCAUUAUUCUAUACUUGAACACAAGUUUAGGGUCAAGUUUAAAAGGAACGUAAAGGACCUAAGUUUUAUGAAUUAUUGGCCAUAUUUCCCAUGCAUGGCAUGUUUUCUUUUGACUAAAAUUGUAGAUAGUAUGGUAAUGACAGUAGACCUAACAUAUGGACAGUUUAAUUCGUGAAUGUUUAGGUCCUUUAACUUGAACACAAGUUUAGGGUCAAGUUUAAAAGGAACGUAAAGGACCUAAGUUUUACGAAUUAUUGGCGGUAUUUCCAAUGCAUGGCAUGUUUUCUUUUAACUAAAAUUUGUUGAUAGUAUGAUAAUGACAGUAGACCUAACAUAUGGACAGUUUAAUUCGUGAAUGUUUAGGUCCUUUAACUUGAACACAAGUUUGGUAUCAAGCUUAAAAGGAACGUAAAGGACCUAAGGUUUACUUCUUAAGACUAACAUUUCUUGUGCCCACACUUGCAUCCGUAAAUAAUUAUUAGACCCAGUACCUUGCAUACUAAAAUAUUCUCUUCAAGUUCACUGACAAGGUGCUUUAAAAAUGACUUCAGUUGGUAUUUUUCAGGCUCUUUCCAUAUAGAAAUUAUCUUAAGGUGGAUUUAUUUUCAACCUACUUGUACAGCUGUCCCAUUGCCCGCUAAAAGUGUUUAUUGUUUUUGAGCUUGGAAACAAUUCAAACAUUCCAACCUUCAAAUGCAACGGCUGUACAUGUGUUGCAAACCACCCUUAAUAUAUUAUGCUUGUUGUUUGCUUUAGUUUGUAGAUUGUGACAACUUCCUUGUGAACCCCAAAACACUACGGCUUUUGAUGGAUGAAAAAAAGUAAGUACCACAUUUACUUUCCACUAAAUUACAUUUUGCAAUAACUACAAUGGUUUACAUAAUUGUACAGUCGAACCUCUCCUUGUAAGCUCUCUCAUAAACAACCAGCUCUAGCAACCACCUUCGAGAAACCCCAUUUGAGCUGUGACCUAAAUUAACUUUGAGAUGAAAAGUUCUCAUAAUCGACCACUUUUGGGAUUACCCAACUGGACUUUUCCUUUGUUUUGAAGCUCUCGUAAGCCACCACUCAGAGUCUCUUAAUCAAAUAAAUCAACACUUCAUAAAUGAGGCUGCACACUGUACUUAUAAUGGUUCAAUGAUAAAGAUCUGUGCAGUGCGGUAUUGUAUUUCUAUAAGUACUUUGCCUGUAUGGUAACGACCACUCACAGUGUCUAUAUAUCAGAUAUAUAGACACUCAUUUAACAUAAAUUUCUUUUGUUUUGUUUUUGUGAAUUAAUAGUAAGUUUCUAAAGCUCUCGUAAGGAACAACCCUCUAUUGUUUUAGCAUGCAGUUGCUUACGAGAGCUCAUUUUAGUAAGGGACAAGCUCUACUUAAGGCCACUUUUUCGAAUUUCAGAGGUGGUCGCUUAUGAGAGCUUCAGCUGUAAUCUGUGUUUUGCAUGGAAACGUUAGAAAACUCACCUGGCCACAGUUUUUCAAAAGUGGGAUAGCACUCUUUACUAGAUAAAUCUAUCCAGCAGAUAAGCUAAGUAUCAGGGAAACCAAUUGCAUUAUGUACUGGAUAGAGAUUUAUCCAUUGGAUAGCAUUAGUCCACCACUAAGACCUGGGGGUUAAUAUUUAUAAUAAUUAUUUUAUUACGUAUGAAAGAUUUUUGAAUAAACCAUUUCCUUCUCUUGUAAGAUGGUAGAAACACUUCCAUGUUAAUAUAAUUCUUUUUACUCAUAGAACUGUAAUAGCUCCUAUGAUUGAAGUGUUUGGAGGCAAGGCUGCAUAUUCUAAUUUUUGGGGUGGAAUGGAUGAAGAGGUAAGUGCUAGAGAAUGCAUGAUAGAUUAAUAUACAAAAUAAUUUUAAUUGUGGUGGAUUUUUGUGAUCUCUUUUAUAAAGAUCAUUCUUAAGUUUAAACUUUGUCGUUGUGCCAUCUCCUUAACGCUCAUUGGCUGAUUAUGGUGUUUUUAUGGCUUAUAUCACAUGGUUUUCUCCCCCCCUGGGGUAGUCAGUGUUUUUAUAAUGGCAUGUAAAUGCUCUUGGUGGCAGUAGAAUGAACUAAACAUUUUUCAUUUGAAUCCGGUUGAUACCCUUGUAAAGUGUCAAAAUUAAUACAUCAGUCGUUACUAACUGUUGUUAACAAAGUCGUUACUAACUGUUGAAAAGUGUUUAGCAUGUUAAACAUGGAAUUUUUUUCUUGGUGUGUGACACUCUAGGGAUACUAUGCAAGAUCUGAUGAUUACUUUCCCAUGCUUCAACGAGAGAAGAAAGGCUGUUUUGAGGUGCCGAUGAUCCAUUCCACUCUUCUUAUUGACCUGCAAAAGACAAUAAGUGACCAGUUGAGAUAUAAUCCACCACUGGACAGUUAUACAGGCGAAGAGGAUGAUAUUCUCGUAUUUGCACACUCAGCAAGGAUGGCUGGUAAAUACUGCAGUAGAUACCUUGUAUUUACCGUAUUCUCGAUAAUUAUGCGUAUAGCAAAAUUAAGACUCGCCUGCCUCCUCCACAGGCUAUUAGGGAGCUUAAGCAAAGGUGUUUUUGAGUGACACACUUCAACAGGAAGUGAGGCUUUUUUCCUUUCAAAUGUCUUGACGCUAACUAAUUUGAGCUGCUAACGUCUUUAAAUGUCAACGAUUUGCCCGAAAUUUGGUGCAAAACUACUGUCCAAGAAUAUGAAAAACUCACUUCCGGUUGGCAGCGUCGCUCAAAAAUGCCUUUGUUUAAGCUCCCUUUUGGGGAGAGUGGGGGAUAAUGGGAACCAGCACAGAGAGUGAGCAGGGUUUGUUAUAGAAAGGCUAAUAAUUUUCCCCAACGGGAAUCGUACUUGCCAAGUUCAAGGACGAAUACUGUCCCUGACAAGAAACCGAGAGGGGAGCCAUUUGGCAGCUCCCACAAAUCUCGAUUUUCGCCUGUCCAUGUAUAAGCCAUAGUGGAAAGUUUGGAGCAAUAUGAACGCAUGUUAUCACUUGGUUUUUUUUUUUGUUUUUGUUUUUCAGAUGUAAAGCUGAAUCUACUUAAUAAAGAAGUUUAUGGUUACAUGAUACAACCAUCAGGUGCUAGUAAAACUUUGAAAGAUAUGAGGAUUUCCUUUACACACAUAAAGCUUGAGUGGUUUGGUAAGUCUGGCCGGCUUUAAACAAUGCGUUCAUCUCUAAAAGGGAAGCUAAGCAUACUGCUCCUUUAUUUUAAUUCCCCUUUCAAAUUUAAAUGUUCAUCGAUAUCCAUAUAUUUAUACUCAGUCGUAUAAAAAUCGUUCAGAAGAGUGUUUAAGAAUAUUACAUCAGAGAACCCUAACUGCACUACCAACGGCUCUUGGCGAAAGUUUAGCCCGCCGUCAUCUUUGUUUUCGUCAUGCAUAGCUGACAUAUUCAUGUGUCUCCACUUGUAACCUACCUGCUCGGCAAACGACGUAAGGUGUGGCCAGUGAAGGGGAAAAGAGAGGGGGACUGGGCUUGCUAUGCAGGCCAUGUAAGUUACUCCAAGUUCCAAAUUUCUCCAAAACGUACAUUUAAGUGAAGUCUUACAUUACUGCUAUAUCUGCGAUAUGUGCAGAAAUGGCGUUAAACUUUAAUUGUUGUUUUUUCUCUCUGUGUUUAGUUGAUCAUCCAGAAGAAUUGAUGCCUGUUAGUUCACAUGUUUCUCUUAAAUAUAUCUCUCCUGAAAAGCUUGGUUUUGAUGAGGUACAAUUAACAAACAGGCCUUAGUUGUUCAGAAGGUGGAAAACGCUAUCCAGAGGAUAUCGCUGGAUAGUUAUUUAUCCGCUGGAUAGCCGGUGCCUUCUAGCUUCUGAACAUCCAGGGCUUGUAGUUGAUCAUCGUCAAUAUAGCUGUCUGCCAUAUAACCUACGAGUAAAGGAUAAUACUAACCUCCCAAAACGAGAUGUUAUCAACAGUGGUAAAACCAACCUAAGCUUGCAUCAAAUACUCGGGGGUAUCCCUGUUGUUGGGUGGGGGGGGGGAGGGGGGGGUGGUGAAGGGGACGACCUUACUAUUGACUGAAACAAUUUUCGAACAGGAUAUCCUUUUCUGUAGAUCUGAAGGUGCUUUCGUACUUACUUGCUUCUUCCAUUUCAUCCCAAUAAACCGGGCUUUAAUGAGGAGGUCCAUGACUAGUAAGGUACAGUAAGCCCCGGCGCCUCCAGUGGUUCACCUCUGUAUCCAUGAAAAACUAUUUUGUAUUUGCAUUCUGAUUGCCUUGAGCAAACGAUCCUCUGUCAGCACGUGGAGUGUCUCCUUAUCUUAUAACAUAUCUAUCCCUUUUUUUUAAGAUCUAUCUUAUCAACCUCAAAAGACGGCCUUUGCGACGAAAACGAAUGCUUGCAUCUCUGAAAGAGCUUGGAAUAAGCGUCAAGUUAUUUGAUGCGAUCGAUGGGAAGUAAGUAUUAAUGAGUUAUAUUUGUUUGCGAGUUCAGAUAAGUUAACUUGUACUACGAGACUAAGUUUUUUCACUCGUCCUUUACCAAACCUUUCGGUUGCGAUUAUUUUUAUGAUAUCUUUACAAAAAUAAGUGGUUUCAUGUCAGGCACAGCUUUACUUCAGUUCGCCUUUCCUAUUUAAUAAAUUGUCAACCUAAAGCUGACGUUGGCCAUUUGCUGAAAACUUGAUUUUAAAUUUUUCUGUUGUCACAGAGUUUGAAUUACGAGUAGUCUCUUUCUUUUCCUAGUUUCCUUUAAGGGGAGCUAAAUCCGCUUGUACCCAAGGGCCACUGGCACACUCCACUGAUCGGUUACCCCACUAGACUACACGGUUGUCAAGCGGUUAUGGCUGCCCUUCAGCGGCUCCGUCAAUCUUUGCAGUUUUAGCUCUAGUUUUUUCGCUUUUUUCCGUUGAUGUGGUGCCGGCCUAACCUAUAGUACAAAGACGUAAACUUUAUAGUUAUCGAGUACCGUUUUGUUUUGUUUUGUUUAGAUUUUUUAUUCUCCUAAAUUUAAAUCAUUUUCCUUCUCCUACUUCUUUUUUUAUCUCUUUAUCUUUCGUGUUAUGCAAUUUGAUUAUCGUAACUACUCAGCUCGUUUAGUUUUUUCUAUUCUGAGUAAUUUUUUUGCCUGAUCUACUUUAACUUAUUCUGUUCUUGUAAACUUUUCUUAACUUGGCAAAUAAAAUGGUUGGUUGUUAAAAGAGCGACCGCCCUUACAGCCUAAACGGGCUGCGGCAUCUGUCAACUUAUUGAGUGCUUCGUAUUUAUUUAGUUAUCGAAUUGUUUAUUUAUUGUGUGUUUGCUUUUGUUCACCAUACUGAUGGUCGUUGUCAACAGAUCAUUAACAGAUCAGCAGGUGAAGGAUAUGAAAAUAAAAAUGUUACCAGGUUACAGUGAUCCUCAUGGAAAAAGGUACAAAAUAAUCAACUGAGCAAAUUAAAACUUGUGCUGCUAGAGCGAUUUUCGUAUGACCUUGAAAAAUGGUUUCGGUAAGAGUUCGUCAUCUGUUUCAUGAGCCAAUGGAUGAAAAGAUCAAAACAUGGACUCUUCGUUUUCCCGCCAAAGAAAACCCUAACGUGGAGAAGACAUUGUUCGAUUGGCCAAUCGUGUUGCAGUAUGACGUCAAAGCGAAGUAUCCAUUGAUUUCUAGAAAGUUCUCGGGCAUGAAGUGUUUUCACCCGAACGUUCGCUUAACCAACCAAAAGCCACCCGCGUUUGUAUCUGUUCGAUAAACCAAUCAAAUCGCUCUAUUUCCUUCGUUUGUUGUUUCUGUUUUGUUCGCACGUUUUCAUUUCAAGGUCAUACGAAAAUCGCUCUAUUUGAUUGCUAGAGUGGUUUUCGUUUGAGUGUCGUAAAACCAAAACCAAAGUAAUUACUCUGGCCAAUCACAUAGGACACAGACAAUACAUUGAACCAAUCAAAACUCGAAGUAAUUACAUGUGGCUGACGCAAAGCGCGGGAAAACGCAUGCGAGCGCGUCACAAUUGGCUUUGGUUUUACUUCUGAUUGGAUGAAAAGGUGGCGCGAAUCUUUUAAGCCAAUCGCAUCGUGUAGAAAGUGCAAAACCAAUUACUUUUCGACACUCAAAUGAAAACCGCUCUAAUGUCACCUCCACCGAGCAACCCUUUUUUAGACUAGAAACUCAACGCACUGAGAAUUUUGUGUUUCCCGAGGCGAAGUCAACGGAAACAUUGAGACUCCAGCGAAAUAGAGUGACCACCAUUUUAGUUAACACGUUGUUUGCCACCCGCGUGAGAUUCAUGUUAAUUUAGUUAAAGCGGCGUGCUACAAACCAGUCAAUUAGCAGCUGUAUUCUAAAACUAUUUUUUGUGCUUGUUAUAACUUAGGCCGCUGACCAUGGGAGAAAUUGGAUGUUUUCUGAGUCAUUACCUUAUCUGGGAGGAGGUAAGAUCACUGAUGGUAUACAGUUCACGUUUAUAAUAGUGAUUUUUUUCUUCAAGUAUUGGUGUACAAGUCAGUUUGAAAAACAAUGUACAGUCUUUGAACAUUACUGCAAUCAUUUGACUUUCCGCUAUUAUUCUUAGAUGGUUAACAACGGCCUUAGUCAAGUUUUGGUUUUAGAGGAUGACGUGCGAUUUGAGCCUGAUUUUAGAAAUCAACUCCGACAAUUGCUGAGGGAAGCAACAGUCCUAAAUAACAAAUAUCGUUGGGAGCUAAUGUGAGUUGACUUUUUGAUUUAAUUUCGUCUUUUUGUCCACUGUUGGCGCACUGCUGCAACGGAAUUAAGCUUCAAUUGCGAAAGAUCGCAUGCUCAACAAUUUUUCGCUUAUGAAAAUAGGACUUUUUCAAAUUAACGAUUUUCGUGGAUGCCUUUAGCUUGCGUUGUUUUUCAAAUUUGUCAGUCUAGGUUUGAGCGAACAGUGAUGUAGCGGAAAAUUAUCACAAACACUUGCUGCACUGAGAAUGUCGGUCAGUUACGGACUAGAAGUCACUAAUCCGUUGAUAAAUGUUCAAAAUUUCAAGCUGAGAACUACACACAGCUUAUUGUCCAGUUAUACUGACUUUAACAAAAUGUAAGUAAGUUUUCGACUGGAGGCAAAGCUUUUACAAAGUUAGGUCAACGUAAGGAGAAAAUUACUGUUUAAGGUUCAUAAAAUGGUCAUUGAAAUGAGUGUGAGGGCAGAGAGUAAAUUAAAAGCAGUCAUGGCGGUGACGGCAACGAGAACCUCUACGAGUUGUUGUUCUCUGUCACUAAGCUGCGUUUACACGAUCAGGUUGUCCUUGACAAGGAAUACUUGCUAGUGUGAAUAAACGACGAAGGAAGAAAAACUUGCUCAAGUUUUCCAAUUUAAAAGACUAAUUUUUCUUUGCAAUUCUAAACUGGGUUUACUCUUGUUUGUCAUUCUGAUGCUCUCGUUUGCCGUUCUCGUUGUCGUUGCAUGAAAGGGACCUUACCAUCCGACAAUGAUGAUGCCAAUGGAGACGUCGCUAAAAAUAGACUUUGCGUCCUUUCAAAAUUUUUCGCCCGAAUACCAAGCUACUCAAUUACCUAAGAGUAGGGAAAUUAGGUAGGAAUUGAAGGGAGAGGACCGCUUUAGAGUUCAGAUUUAUCGCCUCGCUGUUCCUGUUCUCAGCUCAACUAAAAGCCUUUGGUCAUUUUACGUCGUUCUUGUACCGGGACGGCAAAGAAAGUUACAAAAAAGUGCAACUAGCCUACCUAUUACUCUGAGGUCCUACUUAUGCUGUAAUCAGGGCGCCGAUGACCAGUCAGAUUAGAGAAUUUUAUUACAGUUGCAUUAAUCUGUUGUGCUUUUGUCUUAUAGUUACAUAGGACGCAAGCGAUUUCACAGUAAACCUGUGCAGAUGGUCCCAGGAGCAGAGCUGUUGGCCUGGGCUGAUUACACAUACUGGACGCUGGGAUACGCGAUUAGUUUAAGUGGUGCUCGCAAACUCCUGUCGGCCAAACCGCUUGAAAAAAUGGUAGCAGUGGACGAGUUUCUACCGAUCAUGUUCAACAAGCACACAAAGUAAGUCGAAUAAUGUCAGUACGUGGUGGUUUUUAAUAACUUUUUUUUAAGAUUACUGGCAAGCUAGUUAUUUCACAUGACUCUUCUCCCAAUAAAAAGUUUUUAUCGGCUUCUGAUUCAUCCCUUGAAAGCAAUAUUGUUCCAAGAAGAAGUAUUUGUCUGCACCAGUCUUGUUCAGCAUUCAACAUUGUUUGUCGGGGGCUGUAUGCAGUUUUACCAGUAUCACGUUACGCAGCUUAAGCAACGACGACGACGACGGCGACGGCAACGAGAACGAAAGAAAGGAUUAGGAUUAGAUUAGCAAAACAGCAACUUUUAAACUUUUUUUGUACCAGUAUUUCUUUGUCGUCGUUGCACGACUAAGACGUGAAACUUUCUUCCAAGCGAAAGAUUUUCUUUUCCUUUCCAUUGUCACCUUGUAAGCUACUUGGCUCGGAAAACUUGUCCUAUAUGAAUCUUUCCUAAUGGUAUUUUUUAGGGUAUAUUCUCCAUAUCUCUUUUGUUUGCUUACACAGUUCAGAGUGGAGUAACCAUUUCUAUCCGCGGAACCUUGUUGCCAUGACAGCCGAACCAUUGCUUCUGUACCCGACGCACUACGUAGGUGACGUAGGAUACUUCAGCGAUACAGAAACAACAGGACUCAUCCCACCUGAGUUGCAACAAAAUGACAAUGAGAAGCUCAAAAGAAGAAUCGAGCUUUGACGUCUGUUUAUGUAAUUCAGUCUACGCCUCGAUGUCCAGUGCUGUGCGAUCGACAGGAAAUUGCAAGUAUUACUCUGUAGGACUGACAGUAUCAAACCUCUGUCUUUUAAAUUUUUAAAAUUUUCAAGACAAUUAGAAAAAAAGCAGCUCUAGUCAGUAACGCACUUUAGCAGCAAGUUUAGUUUUUGAGGCACUGUAUUUAACGCUGAAAUAGUCGUAUAAGAAUCGAUGCAUUAUUUCACUAGUUGGUUUGACGUAAGUGGCGGGUCCCCUUAGAUAUAGGCGAACUGAAAUGUGAUUGGCAUCUGUUGCAGGUUUUGUUAUAAAGGAAGACUUAAACUUGGAGAAUGAGCUGUCACAUAGCGGGUUGUGAGCAAAACUAGCGGCUUUCUUAACUAAAUAAAAAAGACAGAAUUUAUGAAGAUUAUUUUGAAAAGAGAUUGUAUCUGCCACUAUGCGAGUACAAAGUAGUUUUUAUCUGAGCAGAUGUUGUAUCUAUUCAGCUACAGCUGUCGGUUCCACGGUACCGUAUUCNCAACAAAAUGACAAUGAGAAGCUCAAAAGAAGAAUCGAGCUUUGACGUCUGUUUAUGUAAUUCAGUCUACGCCUCGAUGUCCAGUGCUGUGCGAUCGACAGGAAAUUGCAAGUAUUACUCUGUAGGACUGACAGUAUCAAACCUCUGUCUUUUAAAUUUUUAAAAUUCUCAAGACAAUCAGAAAAAAAGCAGCUCUAGUCAGUAACGCACUUUAGCAGCAAGUUUAGUUUUUGAGGCACUGUAUUUAACGCUGAAAUAGUCGUAUAAGAAUCGAUGCAUUAUUUCACUAGUUGGUUUGACGUAAGUGGCGGGUCCCCUUAGAUAUAGGCGAACUGAAAUGUGAUUGGCAUCUGUUGCAGGUUUUGUUAUAAAGGAAGACUUAAACUUGGAGAAUGAGCUGUCACAUAGCGGGUUGUGAGCAAAACUAGCGGCUUUCUUAACUAAAUAAAAAAGACAGAAUUUAUUAAGAUUAUUUUGAAAAGAGAUUGUAUCUGCCACUAUGCGAGUACAAAGUAGUUUUUAUCUGAGCAGAUGUUGUAUCUGUUCAGUUACAGCUGUCGGUUCAAGUGUACCGAAUUCAAUCAUGGCAUAAAUGAUCAU